UGUCAUGUGAUUUGAUKUGAAAGUUGUGUUGCAUUUGAUUGAUGUAAACAAUGGACACAUCGAGUGAUGAUAUCAUUGAUAAUCUCGAAGAUGACAAUUGCGAAGACACUAAACAUGAAGAAGUGACCACAGUUUCGACAAAACGGUGUAAAAAUAAAUUAUGUAUUAAAUCUAACAUCCAGUCUGAAGAUGGACUAUUGGUUUGUAUAAAUUGUGGACAACUAUUUAGCCGCGAAAGUCAACUUCGGGACGACCCGACACAAGCUCUCACUAUAAACUGUCGCAGCGAUGAAAGUAAGAGCUAUGUGUCGAGUAAUCGGCGGUUUCCCAAUAGGUUUCCGACACAUAAGAAAAUAGCCACCAAUUUAGUGAAUGUUUUGGUGUCAAAUCUUUCUCUUGGAUCUAAUAUCAGAGACCAAUCGGUGACAAUUUACAAGGAAUUAGUGGCGGAUGUGUUUCGAUGUGCAUCCAAGUCAACCAAAUCGAUAUUAGCAGCCAUUUGUGUGUAUUUAACACUACUUAAAGAGCAUAAUCCCGUAACUAUUGGUCACAUGUGUAACACAAUUGGAUGCGCUUCCAGUGAUUUCAAUAAAGUAUACAAUCAAGUGAUCACCAAAUUUCCUCAACACAGACCACAACAGAUGUCUAUCGAGUCAUUAGUUCCCGUGACCUUAAGUGAGGCCACUUUCGAUAGCACCGAAAGAAAGAUAUUAGAGGAGAAAGUAUGUAAAAUUUUACAAUUACUUCGGGAAUGUUGGCUAAUAGAGGGCCGUACGCCGUGUCAUAUAAUAUAUGCGGCUUCAUAUCUGGCCUGGAAAUCAAUCAAACAAUAUGAACGCCGAAAAGUCAAAUUAACGGACUAUUGCAGACUCAUUGGUAUUGAAUAUAAACACACAACUAGUGAAAGAGUCACCGAACUGGUCAAAGCUAUUGAACGGUUGGCUACACAUCUGCCAAAACAUAAAAGAAAUGUCAAUAAGUAUAACAUUUCUACUGUUUUAGAUGAAGUCCUCACUUAUCAAUCAUCACUUGUUUUUGAUUAUAAUCAACAAAUUAAACAAAAUUUAGCGGCAAAUGGUAUGACAUUUGGAAAGGAAGACAACCCUAAUGUUAAAUCUAAUGAAUGGUGUGAUGUCUUUAAACGUAAAAUAAGACUUCCAAAUACUUCUGAGACAAAUAGUCAGAAGAUAUCUUUUGAUAGCAAUAAAUCUGAUGAAGAGAUUUCAGACACAGAAAUAGAAAGUUAUUUAAGAACUGAUAAAGAAGUGAAAGUUAUUAAAAAGUUAAAGAAAUACUCAGAGAAUAAUGAAAUAUAA